AAAUAUGAAAUUGGAGAAGACUGGUUUGAGUAAGGAAUCCAUGGAGAAAAUAUCAGAGAGGCUUUCAGGUCUUGAUAACCUCUAUUUCCCACGCGCUCAGCAAUCAUCUGCCUCCACUGCAUCCCAACGGAAAUCACUUCUUCUCGACCUUCUCUCUCGUGACGUGCCCCUUUUUUUAGAACGUUAUGGGUCGCAGUUAAUAUCAGACGAGCUUAAUGAAUUUGGAACUUUGAAAAAUGAUUAUGAAAUCAAUUGGCAUCUGAAUCGUCUGCGAAGUGUUAUUAGCCCAACACAAGAAGAUCUAAAGUCCAGGUCAGUUAAGAUUAAGAACAGACGGCGAGCAUAUCUGGACAAAUUAAUAAGUGAUGGACAGUACUUUUCAGAGGACGCAAUGAGGGAACGAGAGCCAUACUUGCACCAUGAGUAUGUCGGGAAGUUCCAAGAUCCAAGCGGGAGGAGCAUGGCGAGACCGGGGGAACGAUGGUCUGAGACACUAAUGAGGCGGGCAGAAGAGGCAACGCUUGUUAAAAAAAUUAGGGAUGAGCAGCAGAGACGAGGUGUAGCUCAAAGUGAUUGGGUAGGGUUUGACAAUCAGGAACUUGAAAAUGUGGAGGAAGAGUCUGAAGAAGAAGAAGAAGAAACAGAGGAAGAAGAAGAAGAUGAGGAGGAGGAGGAGCAAGACAAAGGUGAAAGGGACAUCUCAGUUAAUAGACUAGAGGUUCAUACAAACAACCUCGAUGCUUCUAAUGACACACCAUCAGAAACGAGAAGACCUGCUGUGAUGGAAACUUUGUCAUCAGAGGAGAUGCAAGAACGAUUGGACCAGUUCGCUUACCUCAUGCAGGAAAAGUUUUUAUUGGGAGAAGAUAGUCUGGAUUACUCAAAAAUUGAUGAGGAUGAGACCUUGGAUGAUCACUGGAUGAAAGAAGCAAAUUAUGAUGCUGAAGAGAAGUACUUUGAUGAUGACUGAGCUGAAAUACUGAGUUGUCUUUUUUGCUUUUGAAACUACACACAUCUUGACAAGUUCCUAUCACGUAUAUGUUAGCCUUGUAUGCACAUAUGCUUAGGUCUAAUGUGGUUAAUGUGGCUUGAAGGCAGUUUCUCUAUGGUUGUCGAUGGCUAGGUUUUGGUUUUUGAACCUAUCCAUUUUCUUGUGUUAAGCUUAAUAUAUGGUAUUAGCUUGUAAAUUCAUACUAUUACAAUUCCAGCAGCUGUAGAAUAAUCUUCAGAUGUGAUCAAGUGGGAGACGUAGAUAGACUGAAAGAUGCUGAAAUGCCAACCUAGUCACUAUACGAGGAUAGAGAUUCUUGUCCAAAUAAGUGUGACAACACGCUCAGGUCGCUGAAUUCAGAACUACUUUAAUGGCAUAAACUUUAUGUCAAUUGAUAAGUAGAAACAUUCGGGGAUUUUGAGAAGCUUCCUAGUUUGGAUUUA